GGUUUAAAAGGCACUAUUAAAAAAAAGACCAAUAGAAUAAGGCGGAGGGUGGGGGAGGGACUGCAUCUCCUCGCUCCAUCUCACAUUACCGAGCUAUAGUGGAGUGGCGAGGUCAUCACACAACCAGCUUUGACACAUGAGCCUACCUCCUACUCCAAAUGUGACCAAAACGCCGCUCAAUAAUCUCUGUUCGAGAUUAUUAACCCCGGAAUCGCCUUUACGCACGAGAGCGCACCGACGCAUAGGUGAGCGGGAUGAGACUGCGCGGCGUGGCCCAGCGAUGUCCGCUCAGUCGCUCGGUUCUGUGAGUGACGGCGGCAGCUGUGGAGUUUGGAGGGAGAGUCUUCUCAUGGGAUCGCCCAGUCCUGAAGCGCCUGAUCCGGAGGCAACGUGAGGAGCGCGCAAACCUCCAGAACAUAGCUGACAUAAAGGCUCUUCUUCCUGCGCGGAGGAGGAGGGAACGAGUCCAUCCGAGAUCCGGGCGCAGACCGCACACCGAGCCUGGAGGUUGUGGGUACAUAGCAUGGGAGUGCGAUGUUGUCCAGGAAGGGACUCAUUCCUGAGGAUUACUUGCUGACGCGGUUAGCUGAGGAUGUUCUGCCCCCGAAGUUUAAGGCCAAGCAAAGGAAGGCUCGCUUUGUGGGGAAAAACGGCACUUGCAAUGUUGCGCACACCAACAUCAGAGAACAGGGUCGGUUCUUACAGGAUGUGUUCACAACUUUAGUGGAUUUAAAAUGGCUCCACACCCUCAUUAUUUUCACCAUGUCCUUCCUAUGCAGCUGGCUCCUGUUCGGGAUGAUUUGGUGGCUCGUGGCUUUUGCGCACGGAGACCUGGAUCAGAGGGGGGAUGAUUUCAUCCCGUGCGUAACGGACAUCCACUCGUUCUCCUCCGCUUUCCUCUUCUCCAUAGAGGUCCAGGUGACCAUUGGGUUCGGGGGUCGAAUGAUCACGGAGGAGUGCGUGUCGGCCAUCAUCAUCCUCAUAGUGCAGAACAUCGUCGGGUUGGUCAUCAACGCAAUCAUGCUGGGCUGCAUCUUCAUGAAAACUGCGCAGGCCCACAGGCGGGCCGAGACGCUCAUCUUCAGCAAGCACGCAGUCAUCUCCCUCCGAAACAGCAAGCUGUGCUUUAUGGUCCGCAUCGGAGACCUUAGGAAAAGUAUGAUCAUCAGCGCCACCGUGCGGAUGCAGGUGGUCAGGAGGAGCACUACGGAGGAGGGAGAAGUGGUUCCCCUGGACCAGAUCGACAUCCACAUGGAUAACCCGGUGGGAACCAACGGCGUCUUCCUGGUGUCUCCCCUCAUCAUCUGCCAUGUGAUCGACAAGUCCAGCCCCCUGUACGAGUUAUCACCAGAAGACCUGCAGCAUCAGGACCUGGAGGUUAUCGUGGUGCUGGAAGGAGUGGUGGAGACCACCGGCAUCACCACGCAGGCCAGGACUUCCUACGUGUCGGAGGAGAUCCUGUGGGGUCAGCGCUUCGUGCCGACGGUCUCUGAAGAUGACGGCAUGUACGCAGUGGACUACUCCAAGUUUGGCAACACCGUGAAGGUACCGACACCCUGCUGCAGCGCCAAGGAGCUGGAGGAGGCCGGCGGCGUGGCGCGACUGAAGUUGAACGAGAGCGUCACCGCGCGGCCGUGCGUGAGGAGGCGCAGGGCGGCUGGGACGGUGCGCAGGUCCAGGAUGGAGAGCAAGUGAAUCACCCUGUUUGAAACGGAGCCGCUUCACUAUCAGGAGCAUCGAUUAUUGAAACACAUGGAUUUGACUCAUGCACAAAGUGUAGGCACACAUAAACCUGCGUUUGACUCAGGUUCGAUGGAAAAGCACUGAAAUGAUUUUGACUGUUAAAGGGAUAGUUCACUAUUUCUUCUGUUGGGGAUCUGAAAAAAAAAAGGUUAAAUUCAUUUAAUCUGCAAGAAAAGAAAACCAACGAUUCUCUGUUUAUUAUGAAACCAGAGUGAUUAUCUGAGAGGAACUAAAAGUAGAGGUCUAAAAUCUGAAAGCAACUCCAGUUUCAAAAACUGGUUGUAUUUAAAAGUUUGUAUUUAUUAACUUUUUAACCAGAUUAUGGGUCCGUGCUAAUUCCAGUUUUAGUGCACACACACCUUCUGUGCAGCAUAACUGAGCUGCAUUAAUCUGUAUUAGAUAUUUAUAAAUGAAUGUUCUCAUAAAUGAUCCACACUGAAGGAUCUCUUACCUCUUUCCCAUCAUUUACUAAAUCAAGCAGAUUUUCACGAAUAUGACAGUACAAUGAUUUAUUCACGAUUAAAACUAAAUAAAAUGCUACAGUAAAUGAUGAGCAGUCAAA